UUUUAUUUGUCUUCUAUUGUUUAGCGAAUUAUUCUCAUGAGUGCUGGGUUUAUAUGUUGCAGGUGCUGUUCUCGGUGGAUGGGGAAUACGUGCGGUCGGCGGUCCGGGCUGCUCUUCAACUUGGCGGGCAACGUCCUUGAACUCCUGAUGUCCGACGCGCGGGGGUACGAGCUGUCCCUCUAUGCCAUGAAUGUCGACCUUGGCCUGGCGGGUGAUGUCGGCUGGUCCCUCUCGGCGUUCUGCGGGGUGCGGCGCGACUUCAGUCUUGAUGUUCUCGGAGGGUGUCCAUAUCCAUUGCGGGAUCGGGUGUAUGCCUAACGGUUAUCUUCUGGUUUUUUAUCCGAGCGACGGUACGAGAAAUGGGAGUUCCUGUCUCUGGGGCAUCGUCGUCCGUAUGCUCUCCCGAUGUUUCGUCCUCCGGCUCUUGGGCUACCAACGGAUCUUCCACUAGAAUGCAGCUCUCCUCCACCUGUGUCGAAGAUAAAUCAUCCAGUACAUUGGGAUGGAAAUCGGCGGAUGCGGUGGCGGAUGCGGAUGGCGGCGAACAACCGGGUGAUAUGUCCUCGGUGUCCGACAGACUUGGAUUGACCUGGUCGUUUCCUGCCAUGGUUUGUGAGAAAAUAAUGCGACGAACGUGCGCGGCGAAUAAAAAACGUGAAAGUGUUGAGAUAUACAAAAUAAUUAAUAAGAAAUCCAAUAGAAAUUGCUAUAGCUUCGUAGUGAGUGAAAUACAGAAAAAAGUGGUUUAACAAUGUGCUCAGUGAUAAAA